ACAAACAAAAUGACGACGAUAAGCAAUCAGGGCAGGAAGCAGACGAAGCGCGUGGCCAAGUCGACAAAGGCCGGCCUCCAAUUUUCUGUCGGCAGAAUCAGCAGGCAACUCAAGAAUGGAAAAUACGCAAAGAGGAUCGGAGCGGGUGCCCCCGUCUACCUCGCGGCUGUGCUCGAGUACCUCUGCGCGGAGGUCCUGGAACUCGCAGGAAACGCAGCCAGGGAUCGUAAGAGGAGCAGGAUCUCACCCCGGGAGCUUUUGCUCGCCAUCAAGGGGGACGAGGAGCUCUCCAAGUUUCUCGACACUGUAACUCUCAGUCAAGCAGGCGUAACUCCAAAUAUACACUCGGUACUCUUGGCCAAAAGUUCAAGGAGUGUCAAUGAUCACUCACAGUCACAAGCGCUCUAGUUGGUCAAGUAACCACCCCAAUUGAGACCCAGGCCAUUUAAGGCAUUGCUCAAACCGUCUUGAGCUAAUUGAAGUAUUGGAGCCUAAAU